AACGAAGCCAUACCCCCUACAAUCACCCAGUACCCUUCGAUACUUAAACAUGGGACGAGGCCGCGAAGUGUUUAAGUACCUCUCAUGCAAGGCUCCCCAUGUCUCACCUACACAGCCUUGCCUUCCCGCUAGCAUGGCAGACUAGAAAACCCGAGGUCUUCUCAAGCAAGCCACACGAUCCCUCACAAAAAUGCCCUCGUGCCAUUUCAGCUCAAGAAAGAACCCCUCAAAGAAUCGCCUCGGCGCCUGCAAUUCCCGCUGCGCUUCUUCGCUGUUCCAAUUCAAACUGUUCCCUCUCUACUUUCUCGGUCCUCUUUUUUUCUCUCCAGUCUCUCCAAUCGGUCCUUUUCUUACUUAUUCCAGAUCUAGUUGAUUUAUACAACCGUUCAACACCGUCGAUUAUGGCUUUCAGAGGGAAGAUAUUGCUUUCAGGAUAUAACAUAGACCUUUCCAUAUGAUCUGAACAACGUAGAUGAAAAUUGCGAGUAGAGUCAAGAGAGCAUAAUAGACGACGAGAACCCCAACGCCGCCAGCUAUGAUGGUCGGGACGAUCCAUUCUAGACAGG